AUGGGUCUUUGUUUAUCUGCCGAAGAAAAAGAAUCAAGAAUACGAAGCUACCAAAUUGAUAAACAGCUUGAAGAAGAUAGUCGAAAAUUCAAAAAAGAAUGUAAAAUUCUUCUGUUAGGUUCUGGAGAAUCAGGAAAAUCUACAAUUGUAAAACAGAUGAAGAUAAUACAUCAAAAUGGAUACACAAAAGAAGAACUAGCACAUUAUCGUAUAACGAUAUAUAAGAAUCUUAUAGAUUCUGCACAAGCAAUAGUUUACGCUAUGAGAAAAUUUCGUUUAGAAUCUCGAAAACCUAUAAAUAGGGUUUACGCAGAAAAAAUAUUAGAAUAUUAUGUAGAAUCAGAUCCGAACUUUCAACUAAAUCCAGAGAUAGUUGAAGCAAUCAAUUCAAUAUGGAAUGAUCCAAUAAUAUCAGAAGUGUUAGAUAAACAAAAUCAUUUCUAUUUAAUGGAUUCUGCUCCUUACUUUUUUGAAGAAGUAAGGAGGAUUGGAGCCCAAGGUUAUAUCCCAAAUGAGACAGAUGUUUUACGUGCAAGAACAAAGACCACAGGAAUAAUGGAAACGAGGUUUAAUAUGGGUCAAUUAAGCAUACAUAUGUUUGAUGUGGGAGGUCAAAGAUCAGAAAGAAAAAAAUGGAUUCAUUGUUUUGAAGCAGUCACAUCAAUCAUUUUUUGUGUUGCGCUUAGUGAAUAUGAUCAAGUUUUACUAGAAGAAUCUGGACAG